GCGCGGACGUUGGGGGCGGGGCUUCGGGGAGGCGGGACGGGAGCGCGCGGUGCCGGUGAGUCGCCGUCUAGCGCCGCGAAGUGGCCAGGUUAGGAGUCUGAGUCUGUGAGGAGAGGCCGCCAUCAUCUCCCCCAGCCCGCGCCGGGACGACACUGCCCCCCCAGGGCCGCCGGCGCCCCCAACCCGACUGCUUCCAACCCGACGUCCGUCAUCUCGACCCCGCUUAACUCGACGCCCCCCAACCCCGACGCCCCCCCCAACCCCGACGCCCCACGGCUCGACACCCCUAAACCCGAUGCCCCCAACCUGGGUGCUCCUCAGCCCGACACCCCUAAACCGGGUGCCCCCUACACCAAACGCCCCCCCCCCCCCCAGCCUGAGAGCCUUCAACCGGACGGCCCCUUAACCCCUACUGUCCAAACCCUACGCCCUAAUCUCCAAGCCCCCUUAACCACGCCCUCCCUAACCUCCAUGCCCUCAGCCCCGCUGCCCCAGGCUCCCCCAGUUCUCCUGGACUUGACCACCUUUCCUCUGGCCCCAUGCUGUGGAGCAAGCGGAGCAGCUGAAGGCGCUUCCGUCGUGUGGCAGCCAUGGAGCAAGAGGAGGACACUGGCCCAGAGGUACGGGACCUGAGGAGUCCAGUGAGGAAUCAGCCUGAAAAUUCCCAGUGUUGCCGCUUCCGGACAAGGAGAAAGCUGCCCUGCAGCAGCUCCUUGAAGCCGGCUGCCUGUGGGAGUGGCGUGCAGGCCUCUCUUCCCCUGUCAGGACUAAACCCCUCCCUCCUCUUCCUCAAGGUCACACUUGUCAGUUCCUGCUUCCCUUUAGGAAGCCUGCUUGCUUUGAGGUAGGGCCUUUUUCCCGUGGAACAUCUGUAGCCACAUCACAAAGGCUUUUAUUCCUAAACCAGAAAAUUAGAUGCAUUAAAAUAGCAGUGAAAAGCUGAAAAGUCGGAGCUGCCAACCACUAGAGACUAUGAAUAGGUCUGGGUCGCUCUCAUGACCGUUCCCCUGGCUCCUCCCUCCCCUCCCCCCAAGGGGUGGCUGAGCUCAGCGGACACACUCCUGAGGAGGGUGCUUGUCUGCCACCCAGUGGAGGUGGUCUCUAGCCAAGCACACAGCCUGGGCCAGGAGGGCCUGGGCACCUCACUCUGAGGCAGAAGCUCCCACUGCUUCCUCUGCUUUCUGAGCCAAGUUCAGAGGGUUGAGUCUUUGGAUCACUUCCUUUUCUGUCUUGAUGUAACAUUCUGCUUUUGAAAUGCUUUUCUGAGUGCAUUGAUUCCCUCGGGUUUUCUGGCAUCAGUACUGUGUGUGAUCCUGGCUCUGAAGGAUCAGGCAAGCUGCUUUAGUCCUUGGCACUUGUGUAAAAGCUUGACAGAAUUCACACACACACACCGCCCCCCUCCCUCAGUCCAUCCUGUUCCUGACUGCUUGGAAGGAUGUGAGUACCAGGAGGAGUGGAGCGUAGUUACUUGUUUGACUGGUUUCUUGUCUUUGUGGGGAACCUGCCAGCAUCCCCUGUAUAGGAGGUCCUAGCCGUCUGCCCACUCACCAUUCCACACUCACUGUUUCCUCUUACCUUCCUGUCUUUCUCCCUGGGGUCUGGGCUUCUGAAGCUCCUUGUUAACUCCCUCCUUGGGAGCCCUUUGCUGCUAUGUGCUGGAUUUAAUGUUCUCAAAAUUCAGUUGGCUCAUUAGGGUUUCUCAGCACUGCUGUUGUGUGGGCCUGUGUCCGCCCUUGGGCCAGCAGCAUGUGGUCCUGCCUGUGAUGAGAAGGUCCUGAAGAGGUGGCCUUUGCACGCCCCCGGCCAGCCAGGUGUGCUCCUCUGGACGUGCAUCCUGAGGAACAGGGAAGCCGAGACUGGAGGGCUCAGGUGCCCGGAGCAUUUGUUGUCAGUGCAGCGCGGCUGCUGGCCCUGCCCGGCCAUCCUGUGGGGCUUCCGACUUCUUCCCUGACCCACAGCUCUGUUCUUGCUCCCUGAGAAGCUGGGGCUGUGCCCAUCCUGGCCCUUCCUGACUACAGGCUUCUGCCCUAGGUGGGCUUUUAUCUGGCCACCCUAUGGUCCUGGGGUCUGGAGCUGAUGGAGCAGCAUUCCCAGUCCACCAUGCUGCUGGGGAUUGUCACUGGAGUCCUCCUGGCCCUGGCCCUCAUCGGCACCACCAUCAUUUUUGUGUACAGAAGGGUUAGCCAAUUCCGACAGGUGCAGCCCAGUCCUCAGUACAGGUUCCGGAAGAGAGACAAGGUGAUGUUCUACGGCAGGAAGAUCAUGAGGAAGGUGACCAUGCUUCCCCACACACUUGUGGGGAACACAGCUGCCCCCCGGCAGAGGGUGAGGAAGAGGGCCAAGGUGCUGUCUUUGGCCAAGAGGAUCCUGCGAUUCAAGAAGGAAUACCCUUCCUUGCAGCCAAAGGAGCCCCCGCCCUCCCUGCUGGAGGCUGACCUCACAGAGUUUGAUGUGAAGAAUUCUCACCUGCCAUCAGAAGUUUUAUACAUGCUGAAAAAUGUCCGGGUCCUGGGUCACUUUGAGAAGCCGCUGUUCCUGGAACUUUGCAAACACAUGGUCUUUGUGCAGCUUCUGGAAGGGGAGUACAUCUUCCGGCCGGGGGAGCUGGACAACAGCAUCUAUGUGGUGCAGGACGGGCGGCUGGAGGUCUGCGUGCAGGACUCGGAUGGCACUGAGGUGACGGUCAAGGAGGUUCUGGCUGGAGACAGCGUCCACAGUCUCCUCAGCAUUCUGGAUGUCAUCACUGGCCACGCCGCACCGUACAAAACGGUGUCCGCCCGUGCUGCCGUCCCCUCCACCAUCCUCCGGCUCCCAGCUAUGGCUUUUCAAGGAGUUUUUGAGAGAUAUCCUGAAACUCUGGUGAGGGUGGUGCAGAUCAUCAUGGUACGGCUGCAGAGGGUCACCUUUCUGGCUCUGCACAACUACCUGGGCCUGACCACGGAGCUCUUCAACCCCGAGAGCCAGGCCAUCCCGCUCGUGUCUGUGGCCAGCGUGACUGCCGGGAAGGCCAAGAAGCCGAUGUGCUGCAGUCUGGAGGAGCGGCCGGAGAGGCCACCUCGGCCCCAGGAGCCCUGCAGCCCAGGUUCUGCCCGCCCCAGGGCCGACCUCCUGCCCUCAGAUCGUGGGGGCAGCCGCACUGCAGUCUGUGGGCCUCUGCCCAAGAGGAGCCACCCCAUCCUGCUGCCUUCUGUCCACGAAGAGGUGGUGGCCGAGCUCAGCCAGGCUCAGGCUGGCAUCCAGGCCUCUUCGGCUCCUGCAGGGGCCACCGCAGGGGCCACCUCAGACCUGAGGAUGGUGUGUGACCAAGCCCGGGUCCCGCCGCACUCAGAAGAGCGCCCCGGGGGCUCUGUGGCCAGCAAGCCCAGGAAGAGUGUGGUUGUUGCAGAGACCCCAUUGGCCGUCCUCCCCAACUCAGACAGUACCUUGGACGAGUCUGUCGCCAGCAAGAAGACAGAUUCCAUCCUCAGAGCCGCCACACAGGACCUGCUCACCCUGAUGAAGCUGGAUGACCCUUCUCUGUUAGAUGGCCGGGUGACGCUUGUCCACGUCGCAGGCGGCACGGUGGUGUUGAGGCAGGGAGACCAGGACACGAGUAUCCUCUUCGUGGUCUCGGGGCUGCUGCAUGUGUACCAGCGGAAGAUUGACAGCGAGGAGGACACGUUCCUGUUCAUGGCACGGCCCGGUGAGAUGGUGGGCCAGCUGGCGGUGCUCACGGGUGAGCCCCUCAUCUUCACCAUCAGGGCCAACCGGGACUGCAGCUUCCUGUCCAUCUCCAAGGCGCACUUCUACGACAUCAUGCGGAGGCAGCCGGCUGUGGUCCUGAGCGUGGCGCACACCGUGGUGAGGCGGGUGUCGUCCUUUGUGCGGCAGAUCGACUUCGCCCUUGACUGGAUGGAGGUGGAGGCCGGGCGUGCCAUAUACAGGCAGGGAGACAAGUCCGACUGCACCUACAUCGUGCUCAGCGGCCGCCUGCGCGCUGUGAUCCAGAAGGACGAUGGCAAGAAGCGCCUGGCUGGCGAGUACGGCCGCGGAGACCUCGUGGGCGUGGUGGAGGCGCUCACCCGCCAGGCCAGGGCGACCACAGUGCAUGCCAUUCGGGACUCAGAGCUGGCCAAGCUUCCGGAAGGAGCCCUGAACUCCAUCAAGCGCCAGUACCCGCAGGUUGUGACUCGACUGAUUCGCCUCUUGGGUGAGAAGAUCCUGGGCAGCCUCCAGCAGGGAGCUGCAGCAGGUCACCAGUUUAGGUUCCAUACUGUGGGCAGCAAGUGGGACUCGGGGAACCCCGCCAGCAACCUCUCCACGGUGGCCGUCAUGCCAGUGUCAGAGGACGUGCCCCUCACCGCCUUCACCCUGGAACUCAAGCACGCCCUCAGCGCUAUCGGCCCUGCCCUGCUACUGACCAGUGACAGCAUAAAACAGCGCCUUGGCUCUGCUGCUCUGGACAGUAUCCACGAGUACCGGCUGUCCAGCUGGCUGGGGCAACAGGAGGACAUCCACCGGAUCGUGCUCUACCAGGCGGACGGCACGCUCACGCCCUGGACCCAGUGCUGCAUCCGGCAAGCGGACUGCAUCCUCGUCGUGGGCCUGGGCGAGCAGGAGCCCACUGUUGGCGAGCUGGAGCGGAUGCUGGAGACCUCCGCCGUGCGUGCCCAGAAGCAGCUGGUGCUGCUGCACCGGCAGGACGGGCCCGCGCCAGCCCGCACCGUGGACUGGCUCAACAUGCGGGGCUGGUGCUCUGGCCACCUGCACCUCUGCUGCCCUCGCCGAGUCUUCUCCAGGAGGAGCCUGCCCAAGCUGGUGGAGCUGUACGAGCGGGUCUGUCAGAGGCCCCCGGACCGGCACUCGGACUUCUCCCGCCUGGCGAGAGUGCUGACGGGCAACGCCAUUGCCUUGGUCCUUGGGGGAGGGGGUGCAAGAGGCUGCGCGCAGGUGGGCAUCAUCCGGGCCCUGACGGAGUGCGGCAUCCCCGUGGACAUGGUCGGAGGGACGUCCAUCGGGGCCUUCAUGGGCGCCCUGUACUCGGAGGAACGCAGCUAUAGCCAGAUCCGCAUCCGGGCCAAGCAGUGGGCGGAGGACAUGAUGUCGAUGGUGAAGACCAUGCUGGACCUGACCUACCCCAUCACUUCCAUGUUCUCGGGGGCUGGCUUCAACAGCAGCAUCUCCAGCAUCUUCAAGGACAGGCAGAUCGAGGACCUGUGGAUCCCGUACUUCACCAUCACCACGGAUAUCUCCGCCUCUGCCAUGCGGGUCCACACGGACGGAUCGCUGUGGAGGUACGUGCGUGCCAGCAUGUCCCUGUCGGGCUACAUGCCCCCACUCUGCGACCCCAAAGAUGGGCACCUGCUGAUGGACGGGGGCUACAUCAACAACCUCCCAGCGGAUGUGGCCAGGUCAAUGGGGGCAAAGGUCGUGAUUGCCAUCGACGUGGGCAGCCGGGAUGAGACAGACCUCACCAACUACGGGGACGCGCUCUCGGGAUGGUGGCUUUUGUGGAAGCGCUGGAAUCCCUUGGCCACGAAGGUCAAGGUGCUGAACAUGGCUGAGAUCCAGACGCGCCUGGCCUAUGUGUGCUGUGUCCGGCAGCUGGAGAUGGUGAAGAGCAGUGACUACUGCGAGUACCUGCGCCCCCCAAUUGACAGCUAUGGCACCCUGGAGUUCAACAAGUUUGAUGAGAUCUGCGAGGUGGGGUACCAGCAUGGCCGGGCAGUGUUUGACAUCUGGAGUCGCAGCGGUGUGCUGGAGAAGACGCUGCAGGACCGGCAGGGGACAAGCAAGAUGAAGGCGUGGGACGUCCUCACCUGCCCCAACGCCUCCUUCACGGACCUUGCUGAGAUUGUAUCACGUAUCGAGCCUGCCAAGGUGGCUGCAGGGGACGGAGGUGACCCACACGGCCCUGCUGUCUGCCCAGAUGAGUCUGACUACCAGACUGAGUAUGAGGAGGUGCUGCUGGGCGGCCCCAAGGACGCGUACGUUGACCUCCAAAGUGCCCCAGCCGACCAGGGCUCCGACUCGGAGGAUGAGCCCUCGCUUCGGCAUCAGCACUGAGGUCUGGCUUCCCCCAAACCACCCAAGGACUCCUCAGCUCCCCAGCUCUCUGACCAAGAUGGGUAGAAGUUUCCACCCUGAAGCAUCUGAAGCCAGCACCUCCCAUGGCUCCAUCUCAGAGUGCCUAGGUCCUGCAGCUCUUCCAGCCUGCCAGGGAGACCUGCUGGGGCCCAGGGUGGAGCGUCUCUCUGGGGCCACUGGCCCUGGCAUCCCCUGCACAUGCAGCAGUCUUCGGGGCUGUGUCAGCCCCUGUGGCCUCUCGUGUUGGAGUCCUUGUAUUUCUGCUUUACCUGUCAAUAAAGGUAGAUCUGAUUAUGUGGGA